CCCAAAUCUCUCGUUCGUUGCAUUUUGAAAAUGUUAAAAAUGUUGACAAACUAGUUAUGGUGGUUUUCGUUUGUUGAUGCGUUUUUAAGACGCUUUCAUCUAUAACAAUGGAUAUAAAUAAUCGAUUUCAUAAGUGUAGACUUUGUUUGAAAAUUGGAGAUUUUUGUUCAAUUUUCGAAAAAGAUGAUUCGAUUAAGUUAUCAGAAAUGGUUAUGGCUUUUACGAAUGUUAAGAUUUACGAAGGUGAUGGUCUGACAGACCGAGUAUGUACUUCUUGUAUUGAAAACCUAAGUACGGCUUAUUUGUUCAAACUUCAGUGUGAAAGAAUUGAUGGUCUUUUGCGAAAAUUUCCUGGUAAUAUACAAAUUGACAAGCCAGAUGACAGACAAGAUUAUAAUGAUUUUUAUAAUCAGGAGUUCCACAUGCACACUGCGUACAUAAAAGAAGAGAGUGAUGAUAACUUAGUCAAAGCAGCCCAAGUUCAGAGAGACAGAGUCCCACUGAGCCCCUGUUUUGAAGCCAGUGAUGAGACUGACAGUGAUGUUGAUUCAAUCAAAUGUGUAUAUUGUAACCAAUCUUAUAGUAACUACGGUGCACACACUUGCCAUGUUACUUGCACAAUUGAGCACAAUGGGCUUGAACGAUCAAGUAGUAAUGAAACACUUGUUGCUACAGAUGUUACCCCCACAAAAGCAUCUAAACCUUUAUCACCCAUCCCAAACAUUCCAGAAUAUGUUAAUGUUUCUUGCGUACUUUGUGAUCAGAUGUAUGACCAAUAUGAUAAUUAUGUGACACAUCUAAAUAAAUGCACGGCCAAUGUGAAACUUCACCAUUUUGUCUGUCCAGUAUGUCACGAAAUGUUCACUGAUAAAUUUUCAUAUUUAGAACAUUUAAAGGUAUUCCACUUUAGCGCAAAUGAUGAAACUUGGAGAACAUGUCAUGAUGAAUCUUUGGGAAAAGUUCGUGAUGAAAGUUGGAGAACAUGUCAUGAUGAAACUUUGAGAAAAGGUCAUGAUGAAACUUGGAAAACAUGCAAUGAUGAAACUUUGAGAAAAAGUUGCGAUGAAACUUGGAGAACAUGUAAUGAUGAAAGUUUGAGAAAAGAUCAUGAUGAAACUUUUAGAUCAAGUAAUGAUGAAAGUUUGAAAACACCUCAUGAUGAAACUUUCAGUGAUGCAGGUACUGAUUGUGUUGAUUUUGCUCCCAUAAUUGUUAAAACUAGAAAGCCAAAAGCGGUAAGACGGCAGAUAGGUUGGUCAAUUGAAGACAUUUAUCAGGAAAUUGAAUGCCAAAAAGUUGAGCAAAAACCAACUGCCACAUCUAGUCCGUUAAAAAAUUUCUUCUCAAAAUUGGGAAAUGAGUCCUCCAGUAGACAAAGUAGCCCGAAAAAGGUAAGCUUCCGCAAAUUUAUUGAAAAUGGAAAAGCCAAGACCUCAGUGUAUCUGCCAUUCAAGAAGUACAUAGAAAACUACAAGUUGAAGAAGAAGGUGAACAACUACAGUCCAAUAAGUACAAAGGCACAAGUGACGAGUAAAAUACAAGCAACAUUUCCUGAGGAAAUUUCAGACAGUGACUAUGCUUCGCCAAGUGGCACUUCUGAAGACUCGUGGAAAAUGAAACAGAAUUUAAUCUGUGCCUGCGAUAAAAAAGUAUUCAUGCUAUCGGAACAUAUUCACGAUCGCGAUCGAAUAGUAGCAAUGGUCAAUGAAUUGGGCGGAGUGGUUGCCGAGAACACGAAAAUGGAGAUGUUGGCAACACAUUUUGUGUCAGUGUUGCCAAACGACACGUUUUCCGGGAUGAUGGUGUGCGCCCUUGCCACUGGGAAGUGGUUGCUUCACAUCAGUUUCAUAUACGACAGUUUUCGAUGCAAGAAGUUCUUACAAGAAAAUAUGUAUGAAUGGGUAAGACACCCCAAAAUAGUCGAGAUCGACAACACGAGCGUUGAAGUGGCGAAGGCGGCCGUGUUCUGGCAUAUGGAGCUGCACAAAGAUCGCUCGAAAUACCCCUUCGAAGGCAAACAGAUCGUGCUGAUUAUGAAGAAGAAGUACAGGCAGUACUAUCAAAUGAUCUUCAAGACUCUCAAGGCGAAGCCUGUCACUUAUGAUCCCAGAACUCCCGGAAGCUGUUGUUCUGCCGACUACUGUUUUGUGGACAUGAAGAUAAUUGAAAGAGUCAAGUUGCGGUUUUUCUUCCACCACAAAGUACCUGUGUUCCCUUACCAGUACAUUUUAGUGUAUUUGCUCAAAAGAGGCCGUGUGGACGACGAACAAAAAUAUUUGCUACAAGACUGUACUAAAAUUAACGAUAAGGACUUUUUUUUAAAUAACACUUAUUAGAUGAAUGUUUAAAGUUUGUAUCAGGUCAAAGACUGCUCUGAACGACAGUAGAUGGAAUGUAUCUGCGGAUAGGUACUACAUUUUAUGUGCGAGAAGUGGAAAUUUUAUGUAUUAUUUUAAGUUCAGAGUUCAUUUUCCUAACGUCAUUAAUUAUAUGUACAAAUACAUAGAGGAAGUACCCUCAUUGAUGAGGAAUUUGAUUCAGCCAUAAUUUUUAAGGGGCAAGCGGCGGGUUUGCCCGUGAAAUUUAAAUUUAAUUUGGUUUUUCGCAAUUUGUAAACUAAUAUGACAAAGUAGGCUUAUAGCACUUUAAUUGCGCCACUGGCAGUAUCAUCCUCACAGGUUUAUAUAAAAAUCAUUACUUG